AUGCCGGGUGGAGAUACUUUUCGGGCACUUCGACUGCUUUCGCGCAGCUCAUGCGGACUCCUCUCUGGGUCAGAGAAUGUGACUCGACGAUGCCUCGCCCGAUCUAUGGUAACUGAUGCCCAGGCUAACGCCUCAUCCUCUACCGACCCUUCAGUGCUCGCGCCCUGGGACCGUCCCGUCAACGUGAUGACCUACUCCUUCCCUUCGAUGGAGCCCGUACGCCUGGUGAACUACAGUCAAAAGGAGCUCCAGAUGCCAAUUCGCAAAGAUAUCCUUCACCGCGCCAUUGUUUACGAGGGUGAUAUGACCCGGCAAGGUACAGCUAGUACGAAGUGGAGGGACGAGGUUCACGGAAGUCACAGAAAGGUGCAUCCCCAAAAGGGUUCCGGUCGUGCUCGUGCAGGUGACAAGCAGUCGCCCAUUCGCAGAGGUGGAGGUGUCGCUCACGGCCCCCAUCCUCGCGACUUUUCGACCGAUCUCCCCGCAAAGCUCUAUGACCAGGCGUGGCGCAUCGCCUUGAGCUACCGAUUUCAGCGAGGCGAGCUGAUUGUGAUUGACGACAAGAUCUCUCUGCCCUCAAAUGCCACACCAUAUCUCUUGGAGAAGAUUCUCGAAACCAAUCACUGGAACACAAAGAAGGGCCGAUCAACGUUCAUUACGUCGGAGGUGGACGCGGACUUGUUUGAGAAGGUUGAAAAGAUGCACCGCUAUGCGACAAUUAUGGACCGUAGCGAUGUGGACGUGAAGAAUCUGCUGGAGACUGCGAGGUUGAUUAUUGAAAAGAAGGCUUUGGACCAGAUUCUCAAGAAGCACUCUCGAGACCUGAACAGCCAGCCCGCUAAAGCGCGAUAUUUGUAG